CUAGUCGUUGUUCGCAGAAGUAGGAAGCCGGUUGACGGUCUUUCCUACAGCUGCUCGGCCGAGCUCCUGAAGUCGGUGGAUCCUGUUCUCCUCCUCAUCCCUUCUGUGUCGUGGACCUUUGGAACAAAAGAUCUCAAGAUGUCUAAAAUCAAGGCCGGUUCCGUGGUGGAGAUGCAGGGAGAUGAGAUGACCCGGGUCAUCUGGGAACUCAUAAAGGAAAAGCUCAUCUUCCCGUAUCUGGAGCUGGACCUGCACAGCUUCGACCUUGGGAUGGAGAGCCGCGACGCCACCGACGACAAGGUGACGGUCGAGGCAGCAGAGGCGGUCUGCCGUUACAACGUGGGCAUCAAGUGUGCCACCAUCACCCCGGACGAGAUGCGGGUGGAGGAGUUCAAGCUCAAGCAGAUGUGGCGCUCGCCCAACGGCACCAUCCGCAACAUCCUGGGCGGCACUGUUUUCAGAGAGGCCAUCAUUUGCAAGAACAUCCCGCGGCUGGUACCUGGCUGGGUCAAGCCCAUCAUCAUCGGCAGGCACGCUCACGGAGACCAGUACAAAGCCACAGAUUUUGUGGUGCCUGGACCCGGGAAAGUGGAGAUGACCUACACGCCCACAAACGGCGAGCCCAUCACAUUCGUCGUCCACAAUUUUCAAGAAACGGGUGGUGUGGCACUGGGAAUGUACAACACAGACAAGUCCAUCAGAGACUUUGCCCACAGCUCCUUCCAGAUGGCGCUGUCCAAAGCCUGGCCGCUGUACCUCAGCACCAAAAACACGAUUCUGAAGAAGUACGACGGUCGCUUCAAAGACAUUUUCCAGGAGAUUUAUGAGAAGGAGUACCGGGCUCAGUUUGAGGCCAAAGGCAUCUGGUACGAGCACCGUCUCAUCGAUGACAUGGUGGCACAGACCAUGAAGUCUGAUGGAGGGUUCAUCUGGGCCUGUAAGAACUACGACGGCGACGUGCAGUCCGACUCUGUGGCGCAAGGUUACGGAUCUCUGGGAAUGAUGACCAGUGUUUUAGUGUGUCCGGAUGGUAAGACAGUGGAGUCAGAAGCUGCCCACGGCACAGUGACCCGUCACUACAGGCAGCACCAGCAGGGGAAGGAGACCUCCACUAACCCCAUUGCAUCCAUCUUCGCCUGGACCAGAGGUCUCCUUCACCGGGCGAAGCUGGACAACAACAUCGAGCUGCGAUUGUUUUCUGAAGCCCUGGAGGCCGUCUGCAUCGAGACCAUCGAGGCUGGCUUCAUGACCAAGGACUUGGCCAUCUGCAUCAAAGGGCUGCCCAAUGUGACCCGGGCUGACUACCUAAACACCUUCGAGUUCCUGGACAAGCUGGCAGACAACCUCAGGAUCAAACUGGCCAACCAGCCCAAGCUGUGAUCUCACCUGUCACGCCUCGACACAUGGUUCUACACUCACGUGCGACCUGUACUAAUUGGCCCACAAGCAAACCAAUAACUUCAGAAUCAUAUUUUUGACUGAAGUGUACUAUGUCCAGGAGUCUGACGGAGGCAUGUCUGUUCUUUAUUCUCUUACCUGAGCAUGUUCAGGAUUUUGAACAGCAAAGCUUGAUAUUCAAUGGUCAUGUCUCAACUGAACAGUCUCUACGAUUUGCACACAGUUUUGAUACAAACUAACCUUCACUUUUGGCAGAAAUUAUUCAGCGUAAUACAAUGAGCACAUUGGUGAACACUGUAAAACAGAUGAUAUAUUUUAAUAUUUGGAACUAUCAUGUUAAAUCAUAGAUCUUAGUCCAAGUUGGUCAUCUUAAGCUGUUCCUGGUGGAUCAUCCAUGUUUGCCAGAUUACUCUGACUGCCUUCGUGUGCUGUGUGUGUCAUUGUCAAUGUUCCCAUGUUGUGAAGUGCAGACUGUCUUCGUGUAACUGAGCGGCAAUUGAAAUUUACAUUCCAAGACAACGUCUUCCUGUCUGUACACAGAAGGAAAAACAGCCAAUCAAAGAGUGUUCUCUUUGAUUUUGUGGUCUGUAUUUAAUAAAGGAUCCUGCCAUC